AUUUUAUUCUAUUUAUAUUAUUAGCCAAGCAUACAAAGUUUUCCAUUCUAAGAAACCAUUAAGAUACAACAAUGUUACAUAAUCAUAUGAAUGGUGUAACAUGUUUUAUCAUGUACAUUAUUUUCUUAAACUUCUAUUACAUGUUACAUCCACAAUUAUUAGUUGCUGCUGACAAUACUACUAGUUAUGUUCCAUCAGAAAACAUAGUUAUUAAUUGUGGUUCUAACACAUCAGAACUUGUUCAAUAUGAUGGUAGAAUCUGGAAUGGUGACAUUGAUUCACCAUAUUUACCUUCCAAUGCAGACAUCAUCAAAAAGUCCUUAAUUGCAACAGUACCUUCUACCAAUCUUCAAUCCAUUCCUGAAGUUCCUUAUAUGACAGCUAGAAUUUUUCAAUCUCAAUUCACUUAUAGAUUCAAUGUAACUUCUGGUCCGAAAUUCAUACGCCUUCAUUUCUACCCUGCUGAUUAUUUGAAUUUCAACAUCUCAAAUGCUUUCUUAUCAGUAACUGCUGGUAAUUUCACACUUCUGCAUAAUUUCAGCGUUUCUCUCAAUGCAGAUUACUCUAACUUAGCAUAUUUAAUGAAAGAAUUCAUUGUCCAUGUAAAUGGGAAUAGUUUGGAACUUACUUUCGCACCAUCGUUAAAUGACUUCGAUUCAUAUGCAUUUGUGAAUGGUAUUGAAGUUGUUUCAAUCCCACAUGGUUUAUACAUCAGUGGCGAUGAUUCGCCUAUUCCUUUAGUUGGCCACUAUCCAAAUGUUGUUUACAUUUAUAAUAAUUCAGCUAUGGAAAAUCUGUAUAGAUUGAAUGUAGGAGGUGAGCAAAUUCUACCAAAAUAUGAUAGCGGUAUGUUUCGAAAUUGGUAUAUGGAUGAUGGUUACAUAUUUGGGGCUGAUGCUGGUAUUAAACCCUUUGAUAAGAGCAUGAAAGUUUUGUAUCAUGAUCAUGUUCCGGUUUAUACCGCCCCGAGUGAUGUGUACCGCACGUCACGUUCGAUGAAUCCAUAUGAGAAAGGACUUGUCAAUUUAAAUUACAAUCAAACAUGGUUUUUUUCAGUUGAUUCUGGCUUCUCGUAUCUUAUUAGGCUUCAUUUCUGCGAAAUUUAUUAUGCUAUAACAAGGAUCAAUGAGGUGGUUUUUUCAGUGUUUUUAAAUAAUCAGACAGCUGAAGAAGGGUUUGAUCCAGUUGGAGAGAGUGGAGGACCUGGAGUUCCUAUUUACAAAGACUUUGUUGUGAUGGUUCCUAAAGACAGUGAUGCAAAGCAAGAUCUUUGGUUAGAUCUUCACCCUUACAAGUAUUCGAAACCCGAGUACUACAAUGCUUACUUGAAUGGUGUUGAGAUCUUUAAACUUAGCAAUGUUGAUAAGAAGAAUCUUGCAGGCCUUAACCCUUCCGAACCGAAGUUUGGAUCAUCUACAACGGCUACACCGCAUGUUGUUGCAAAAGUUAAGAACUCAAAGAAACUCAAAUUCAUCCUCAUUGGAUGUGGACUUGGUGCAUUGGUAAUACUAAUUAUUUUGUGUUUACUUCUACUGAAAUUGAAUGUGAUUAGGCCAAGAAAGUUUAUGUCAUGUUAUGUCCUUUCACCUAAUGAAAUUGAAAAGGCAAAAAAGUCAUCCUUAUUUUGCUGUCAAUUUUCAUUAAAAGUGAUAAAAGUAGCAACAAAUGACUUCAAUGAAGCUCUAAUUAUUGGAAGAGGUGGAUUUGGAAGUGUCUACAAGGGUAGCUUUGAUGGUGGUGCAUCUUUUGUAGCUAUAAAACGUGCUGAUCCAAUGUCUCAACAAGGAGUCGUAGAAUAUGAGACAGAGAUUCAUUUGCUCUCGCGCAUACGCCAUAACAAUUUGGUGUCGCUUUUGGGCUAUUGCAAUGAAGAUGAUGAGAUGAUCCUUAUCUAUGACUUCAUGGAAAAUGGAACUCUUUAUGACCAUCUUCAUUUGAAGCAAAGAGAUCAACAUCAGCCUCAUUUGUCAUGGAUUCAAAGGCUUGACAUUUGCAUUGGAGUAGCAAGAGGUUUGCAUUACUUACACACUGGUACAAAAAAUAAGAUCAUUCACCGUGAUAUCAAGACGACAAACAUACUCCUAGACCAUAAUUUAGUGGCUAAAAUUUCAGAUUUUGGUUUGUCAAAGGAAAGCUACACUUCAUUAAACACCACCGUCGUAAAGGGUAGCACCGGUUACCUUGAUCCAGAAUACUAUCAACGCCGCAUGUUGACUAAGAAAUCUGAUUUAUACUCACUUGGUGUGGUUUUGUUGGAAGUGCUAAGUGCAAGACAAGCUCUAAAUCCAUGUGAAGAUGAUGAUGAACAAUUAAACUUGGCUGAAUGGGCUAAGUUAUGCAUUGAGAAUGGAAAUGUGAAUGAAAUAGUGGAUCCAAACUUGGAAGGAAGCAUUGUUAAGGAAUGCUUUGAGUUAUAUUUAGAUGUUGCUAUGAAAUGUUUGGCUGAAAGAGGAGUGGAGAGACCAUCUACUGGUGAUGUUCUGCAGAAUCUUUUUUCUGCAAUGAAACUUCAGAAAAAUGGUGGUAAUGUUCAAAAUGGAAAAUUUAGUAGGACUGAGUAUUCAGAUUUGACACCUGGGAUUGAGUUCUCUGAAAUCAUGAUGCCUGUUGGUAGGUGAAUGUGAUUUUUUUAAACUAAAUCUAUUAUUUAUAUGUUUAGGAGUUUCUCUCUCUUGAUCACUUUCAUAUGUGGCAUCCUCUCAUUUAUCAUAAUCUAUGUGGCAACUUGUGAGAGCAUGUUUUCCUAUGUGGCAACAUUUGACAACUUCAAUAGAAAUUAUGUAAUGUAUG